AUCCCCUCCGCGUGCAGUUACCUGAGAGACGCGCGAGUUUCGGUGCCGCCGCUGCUGUCGCGGUCGCCGCAGCCCCCGCCGCGGAGGCGAACGCGUCCGCCGAGGAGGCCCGCGCUGCGCCAUGGAGGUGGUGGAGGCCGCCGCGCAGCUGCAGACGCUCAAGUUCGGCAGCUCCGGCCAGGGGCCCGCGGCACCGGCGGCACCUGAGGAGCCCCGGGAAGCCGAGCAGACGGAGCGGGCCCCGCCGGCAGGGGAGCAGCCGCCAGCCCCGAGCGCCGAAGGAAACCCGCCGCAGCUCGACCGGCCGCCCCUAAGUGAGGCCUGCGUCACCCGCCCGGACGCCGCGGAGCCGCCGCCAGCCCUGCAGGCCUCGGACUCAUCGGAUUCGGACUCGGAUUCGGACAGUGAAACGGAUUCGGAUAGUUCAAGCUCCUCUUCUUCAUCCUCAUCUUCAUCUUCUUCCUGUGUAUCACUUCCUCCAGUGCUGUCGGAUGGAGAGGAAGAUGUACAAGUUGAAAAGGAAAACAAGAAUUUUCCUCUUAAAACAAAAGAUGAGUUGCUGCUUAAUGAACUGCCUUCUGUUGAAGAAGUGACUGUUAUUUUGCCCGAAGAUAUUGAACUAAAGCCUCUUGGGAAUGUUUCAAGCAUUAUUGAACAAUUAGUAAUAAUUGAGUCUCUGACUAACAUGCCUCCAGUAAAUGAGGAUACUAUCAUCUUCAGAAGUGACCGACAAGCAGCAGGAAAGAUAUUUGAGAUCUUUGGACCUGUUGCCCAUCCAUUUUAUGUGUUACGGUUUAAUUCUUCAGACCACAUUGAGAGUAAAGGCAUCAAAAUAAAGGAUACUAUGUAUUUUGCUCCAUCUAUGAAAGACUUCACUCAGUAUAUAUUCCCAGAAAAACUCAAACAGGACAGAGGAUCGGAUGCCUCUUGGAAAAAUGAUCAGGAACCACCUCCAGAAGCUUUGGAUUUUAGUGAUGAUGAAAAAGAAAAAGAAGCCAAACAAAGGAAAAAGUCUCAGAUUCAAGGGCGGAAAAAACUCAAAUCCGAAUUGAAUGAGUCAGGUGAAGAUUUUGGUGAAGUGCAUCAGAAUUGGAAUGCUUAUGGCUCUUCUUCAGAAUAUUCGAGGGGAUAUCACAACAGGGAAUUCACAAGAGGCUUUCCCAGGGGAAGAUAUUCCCGAGGAAGCCACAGCAGGCCUCCCCCUCAGCAGUUGUAUAACUCAGAUCAAAUGGCAUCUCAGGAGACUUUGGGGUUUCCACCUCAGAGACAAGAUAAUCCUGUCAUGCCCCACUAUCCCUUUCCCCCUCCCAUGUUUGAUAUGCAUAACUUUUCACUCCCUCCCCCACCCCCACCUCCUUCUGUAAGUAUGGGGUGGGCUGCACCUAACAUGGCCUCUCAUCCCUUACUUAAUGUACCAUACUCCCUACCACCACCACCCCCUCCCCCACCUCCUCCCCCUCCCUCUCCUGGAGAGAGUAAUUCUUCUCAUUUUGGACCUUACUAUUAGGUAUAUGCUUGUAGUUUAGAAAAAUAUGGACUGUUAAGAUUAUAUGUUAAAGACUUUUUUAAAAAGGAAAAUCUAUCAUGGAACUAGAUUUUUAAAAAGACAUUGUAAAAUAGUAAAUGAAAUGACUCAUUUAUAUGUUCAUAUAUUUUAAAUGACUCACUUGUAAGUUCAUAUAUAUUUGUGACCUUUGUGAAAUGGUGUUCAUCUCAUUCUUAGAGAAAAAUCCAAUUUAUAUAAUAUUUAAGUAAAAUGUUGAAUCAUGUCCUACACUACCCCAUCCACCAAACAAUAUGUGUUGUCAUGGCUGUUAAAUAUGCUUCUAAUGUACUGAACACUGUCUUCUUAGUAUAAAGUAAGGUGUUCAAGUCCUACUAAGUGUCUUUAAAAUAAAG